CAUACGCUCUUUUGUAGACAUCUCGAUCGUGAUUGGCUAGUUACCGGUUGUAUUUUAGUAGAGGCAAAAUUUGAACUGGAAACCGCAGGGCGUCAAACAAAAUUUACCUGUUUCUGUCUUGACUAAAUCUUGAGUGUAAUUUCUAAUCUAUCUACUGACGCGGUUUCGCCAUGAAAAGCGUCCGCACACCAAUGAGGCCACGAGUGCCUCCUAAGCCAAAUACUCUGGAGCAUCUUCAGCAAAAUUCAGAGCAAAACAAUAAUGUGAAAAAUGCAGGAGGCCAGGACCCUGUGGAUGUUUACUGCCGCAUUCGUCCUGUGGAUUCGCUGGAAACUUGCGUCAGCGUUGUUGACUCUACCACUCUCAAAAUCAGUCCACCAAACUCAAUUGGACGCUCUGGUUGUGGCAGGGAACAACAGUACCGAUUCAAAGAGGUCUUUGGACCUCAGACUGGGCAGAAAGAAAUAUUUGACAAGGUUGCUAAGCCAUUGGUUGCAGAUCUUCUCAAUGGCAAGAAUGGUCUGCUCUUUGCAUAUGGUGUCACUGGAUCAGGGAAGACUCACACAAUGCAGGGUUCUGCCAAAGAUGGUGGCAUAGUACGACGCACAUUGGAUGUGAUAUUCAAUAGCAUUGGUGAGUGGCAGUCCCAGCGCUACAUGCUGAAGCCUGACCACCUCAAUGGUUUUGAAAUCCAGGCUGAUGCUGAUGCCUCGUCUGAUAGACGGCAAUUCGAUGCUGCAUCCAAUAUUCAAAAAGCUUUCUCCAAAUUUAAGAAUCCUAGACCUAAACGUAAUGCAAGCAACAGCUCUUCCAGCAGCAGCUCUGACCGUGUGCCAGAGACCACCGUCAUUGAUGGCCUCAAUGAAGACAACGUUUAUGGAGUCUUCAUCACCUACCUUGAGGCCUAUAAUAAUUACAUCUAUGAUCUCCUGGAGAAUAUAUCUGGUGUAAAUAUGACCAAGAGUCUCCAAACCAAAAUUUUACGCGAGGACGGUCAGCGCAACAUGUAUGUGUUUGGUUGUAAUGAGGUUGAAGUGAAAAGUCCUGAAGAGGCUUUAGAGCUCCUAAGCAAAGGCCAGAAACGCAGGAAAGUUGCGCACACCAGCCUCAAUGCUGAAUCGUCCCGAUCUCACUCCAUAUUCACCAUCAGAGUUGUUCAAUGCCCAUUAGAUGAGCAAGGGGAAGAUGUGCUGACGACCGUACCGCUACGCAUAUCUCAGCUGUCUCUUGUAGACCUGGCAGGGUCAGAACGUACCAGCAGAACAGGCGCUGCAGGGCUAAGAAUAAAGGAGGCUGGUAACAUCAACAAUACUCUAAUGAUGCUGCGCACCUGUAUCGAGGUCCUGCGAGACAACCAACUCAACAACGCCAACCGCAUGGUGCCUUACAGAGACUCGAAGAUUACGCACUAUUUCAAAAACUACUUUGAUGGAGAAGGCAAAGUCAAGAUGGUGAUCUGCGUCAACCCUCUAACCUCUGAUUAUGACGAAACACUGCCUGUGAUGAAAUUCGCGGAGCUGGCAAGUGAAGUCCAGGUACAACGAUCAGUGGUGCGGAACGAAGUCAUUGCUUUGCCCCCUGGCCGGCGCCGAGCUAACUUCCUCUUCAGAGAAGUCAGGAGAAACAUGAUCAAUGAAGGAUUCGACAAGGCCAAGGAACUUGAUAUCGACAUCUCUCCGGUAUACACGUUGAGCCCCGCGUGGCCGGACACAUCCCUCUCAGAUGACACGUGGCUUGAGACGCUCGCCAAACUGAAGAACUUCUUGAAGCGACGCAUCGCUACUCGGGAGACAUUGCUGCAGCAGACACGAGUGAAAGUUGAUUCGGUGUCGGAACGCGUUGCGACUGCAGAAGCAGAGAACCUGAUGCUCCGGCAGAGUAACAGCAGCCUAAAUGCCCUGCGAGCUGCGGAGGAGCGCAAGCUUAAGGAGUAUGAGGCUCUCCUUCUAAAUGCCGAGGCGGUCAACGAGAGUCUCUUUAACAACUACAACACGCUCGUUGAGGACUACAAUCAGGCGGUGGAAGAACGUGCCUUGGCGCAGAAUCAAGGGCAACUUGAGAAGAUGCGCAUCAAAGCCAAGCUCACCAACAAACUUGAAAUGCACAAGGAAAAGAUUGACAAGGAAUUCAAGAAUAGACUCAAGGAACAUCAGACGAAGAUGGUGUUGACGCAAGUGCGAGCCCUGCAGCAACUCGCCCAAGGCCACAGCAGUAGCAGCAGUGGUGGUUCCCUGGCUGCCACGCCCGUCAACCGCCCCAUCACCAGGCAGAGCGCCAGGACGGUUGCUCAUCCUUCCUCCGCCGUCCCGAGCCUCGCUGGCCCUGCUGUAUCCAACCCUCGCCACCGCCGAUCAUUCUCCCAAGGCAACGUCAAUGUCGUACUUGAUCACAGACCCCUCAAGACGCUGGACACCAACACUGUGUUUCGUCCUGUGCUGGGCAAGCGACGAUCCAUAAGCAAACUGCGCUCCGAAGAUCUCAACAAUGACCGCGUGACUCAUUAUUGUCUCACCACACAAAACCAGGACUCUCAAGGCGAACUAGAAACUAAGCUCUAUAAGGGUGACGUGCUACCCACAACAGGAGGAGGCUCGCAGGUCGUCUUUCAAGACGUCGAGAUUCUUCGUCAGAGAGACCCGUUAGCUGUGCCCAACUCAGGAGUGAAGCGAAACAGCGACGGCACUCCAGCGACGGGAAGUCUGGACGCGGCGCUACAGCACGAGCGUUGGAAGGCGCUUGCCAGUCCCGCCACGCCCAGAGCUCCCGCCAACAAGAGGACCAGACUCUAAACCUUCAGCCUAAACCUUACUCACUGACGGUCAAGCCUCAAAUAUCAUUAGAGUAAUCGCUUUAUUAGGACUUGGUUUUCUACCGCAUCCUCGUAUUAGAAUAUAAAAUGUAAUUCGUUGAUAUGAAUAUUCUAUUGAUUUUGCCUCAGUAGUAUACAGUACAACAAAAUUUCCGGUCGAUCGCGAUUCCUUAUCCUCGCCAAUAAUUGUUCACAGAAGUUCAGCACACUAUCGUCAUGAGCUCCACAUAAUACCGCUUUAUAUUUUCCUUUCAAACCUUCAUUGUCAGUCACAAUGGACAUUUAUCAUGAAUCAUACCGAAACGAGUAAUUUCUCUUGCUUUCGAUGUUGAUAUUAGAAUUGGCUUGCGUUUGAGCAGUUCUGAUUUUAGUACUCAUUUUAUCAUAAUUUUUUACGCUCGUGUUGCAAAUAUUCUACUCGGAAUUUUGAUUUCGAACGAAUUAGUUCGAAUCUUGAUAUUCAUUCAAUUGGAUUGUAUUCAGUUGCUUAUUUCUAUUAGCUCCUGCCCCAUUCUGUCUAAUCAUUGAUUAUCGGUAGAUUUUAGGUGCUCGAACGUGAAAAGAUCUUUUGUUUCAUUGACUUGCCGUCGUUUAAUGUUCAUAUUUUUUUAUUACUCAUAGUUUAAUUUUUGAGUACGUUAAUCGUUUCUUGAGAAGAAACAUUUUCCCUCUGGGUCGACAUGUUUUUGGUAAUAAAUAACCAUGACUGAUAUCUACGGUUGUCUUUUCAUGACUCUUCUACGUGCACGUGAACGAUUAGUCGCAUUUAAGAAAAAAAACUAAAUUGCAGAAUGUGUGAAGUUAGAAAUAGUGAAUUUUUUAAAUAAUAUUUUAUACCUGCCAUGUAUGAAUGCCUUCUAGUUUUAUAAAUCAAAUGUAUAAGUUUGGCUAUGUAUCACUUCAUGUCGUCGUCUUCCAUAUUAUAACAAGGACAAACAAGCUUAGUUCAUGAGCCAACUGCAUAUGACUGCAAAAUGUAGUAUUUAAAUACUCCUAUAAAGAUUCUUGUUGGCUUGUAUUCGAACUUUAAGGAUAGAUUAUAUCUUUUUAUAAAACGAAAUAAGGGUAGAAAUAUCGAAGUUAGCUCGUCUGGAUCACUUAAUUCAGAUUAGGACGCUAAUAUAGGAAAGUCGCUGACCUGUGUUCAGCAAAGCGUCUUAAACGAGUGACGUCCAUUUAGUGAUUUUAUUGCCUUCGAGGAUGACGAGUUUUGUCUUUUCCUCGCAAUGCAAAUGUAUUCUUUUUUCUUUCGAUUAGCGCUGACAUCUAGCAUAACCUAAUAAGGUUAAAAAAUAUUUCAAUAAAAACCUUAUCAGGUUUUUAAAUAGAUCACCUUUCUAUUUGAUUUUGGAAAAGUUACGAAUGGCAAUUGCAUUUAGGCCCUUCUCCGUUUAAUGACUCUCAAUUGAGAAUUAACUUCCCAAAAUCUCUGUCGCUAAUCAGAUUUAUCUCUAGCACUGCUAUUGUUGAACCACGUUGGCCUUUAUUCCCUUUGUUUUUAUCUGCUCUUUUAGCUUGCAUUUGAUGCCUGGUGCAUGAAUAUUAAAAAUUUCCCUUUCAAAAAUUGUUUAUAAGUCAUCAGUUUUGCAAUAGAAAAUACGUCUAAUAGAGUAAAUAGACUGUUUGCUGCAAAGUGCAUCUGUUUUUACGACUGGCUGAUCUAUUGAAUCUCGGACCAGUUCAUUGUACGGACGAAUAUGAACAGAUCAUGGUUCAUAAUUAAGCUUGGCAGUCAUGAAUGCCUCUGGUACAUUCCCGUAAUUUCAAAAGUAUUGUUGAAUCUAUUUAGUAUCAUCACGAUGGCGAGAGUAUUAAGGUUUUUCUCGCAUUUAUAUCCCAUCCUCGACUCCGGUGCUAAUGAGACAUCGAUUUGAAGAUGUAAAUAAUACCUAGUUUUAAAUGUCUUAGAGGUUUAAGAUUUUGGUACGAAGGAUUUUUAUUCGUGAUGUGUUCUUUAUUGUAAGCAGAUAGUCCAUUUUCAUACCCACGAGAAAAGUAUAAUGUUGGAAAAUC